AUGGCUGAUCUCCAAACUGUACUUCAGGAAAUUAAGGAUUUUCGAAGAGAGAAUGCAGAAUCUUUCAAGGAGCUAAAAGAGGACAUUAAAAGCACGAACAUCCGAGUUGAAGAGGCAGAAAGGCGCAUUAUGGAGUCGGAGGGGCGCAUCCAGAUGAUUGAAGAUGCUACUCUUGAGCUACUGGAGCUGCAAAAGCAAACCUUGUCCAGACUGACGGACCAAGAAAGCCGCUCCAGAAGAGACAAUAUCAGGAUUCACGGGGUAAAAGAAGGUGCUGAAGAAGGGUCUCAGUCAAUGAUUGACUUUAUUGUGACCCUGCUGAAAGAGAAGUUGGACCUGGCGCCGUCACUUGACCUCAUUGUCGAAAGAGCCCACCGAGCCUUAGCCGCUCGACCACCGAAUGAGGCCCCGCCAAGAUCAAUAGUGGUAAAGCUGCAAAGUUACAGAACCAAGGAAGCCAUUAUAACGGCAGCGUGGCAGAAAAAGGGCUUCAUGUAUGAGGGAAGGAAGAUAAUAAUUGACCACGAUUAUGCACCGGAGAUUUUGAAACAGCGGAAGCUAUAUACGGAGGCAAAGAGAGUGCUUAGGGAACGUAAAAUACGCUUCCAGACGCCAUUCCCAGCAAAACUUCGUGUCUUUUAUGAUGGGGAGACGCAAAUGUACAACACAGCAGCGGAGGCGACUAAGGAUAUGGCCACAAGAGGAUACCAGGUCUCAGUGGUGCCACCAGAAGAGGACAGGUUUGAGAAGAUGAGACGCAUCUGGAGUCGGGCUGAGGGAAGAGGACGUCAGGCGGACGCACGACCUGGAUACAUGCAAAAGCUCGACGUUUACAGAAGAUCGGCUAUGGAGGAGUGA